AUGGCUUCAUCUCUGAAGGUGGCCACCAUCGUUGCUGUUUGCAUCGUGCUCGUCCUCAACAUGGGUCACCCGGCGGCAGCCACAGAAUGCGAAGAUUGUCUGGGCGCUUGUGUUGCAAUUUGCAUCGCCUACGCUGAAACGACGUGCAGCGGCAUCUGCACCGUCAUAACUCUUGCAUGCCAGGAAUCUACGCACACCUGCUUCAUCGAGCAGUUUUACAUUCGCAGGGUGGCUAAUAAAAUGAGGGGUCCCGGUGUGCCCUAG